AUGUCGGCACACGGAAGCUUGAUGCCCGGAGCACACACCUGCUUGGCCCACAUCGUAAUCGGCAGCCCAGACUUCCUGACGCUCAAAUCGAUCAUCAUGGAUGUCUUCCAGAAAUAUGCCGUAAAAUUCAUCAGGGAAAACUUGCUCGCCGCCAGCCGUCCUCUCACACCCCCGCCAGAGUUCCCAGACUCGUCCCGAUCGGUCAUGCGAUACAGCCUUAUAAACGAGGGAAUGAUCCGCCAGCAGUCCGCCCUCUACGACGCUGCAGUCGAAAACACCCGCAAGUCGAAAGACCUGCCUGCACACAUUCUCCGACGUAUUGAGGCCGCUGCCCGGCAAUCCUCCGAACAUCUCCACUACCAGACCGAAGAAGCCACCGAGCCGACCAGCUGGCCUUUGACCCUCGGCAGAGGUGGGACAUCCCGAAUGGUAAGCCAAACAUCAAACCCUAUGUCGCUCUCUGCCCGUAUUCCAGCCGAGCCAGCAAACAUCCAAGAGACCCAAGAAAAUUUCAGCGGGGCGAACGAAACGAUCUGUAAAGUGAUUUAA